AUGGAAGGGUGUCCUUGUAAUGGGUUGAUUUGCCUUCUUGCUGGUGGUUAUGAGGGUGACACUUUGGUUUGUAACCCAGCAACAGGAAACACUAUGGUAAUCCAAAGAGGUAAUAAGAGAAAACAUACUUAUGUUCAGGGACUUGGGUAUUGUUCCUCACGCAAUGAAUUCAAAGUAGUACGCCUAUGUGAAAGGUUGAAGCUUGAUAAGAGUAUCCCCGAGAACAACCACUGGUAUGGGUGUGAGUUAUUUACUGUAGGUCAAAGAGGAGCCCUGGGAACAAAUCUUCUGCAACACUCACGUUCAUGGAGAUAUGUAGGGGAUCUACCUUAUGAAAUUGAGAAUCCAACAUCCAGGAUCAUCUGUUAUGUAAAUGGGAGUGCUCACUGGAUGAUUGGGUAUGGAAACUCAUCUUCCUCUGAAUUCAUUCUUUCUCUGGAUCUUGAACUUGAAGAGUUCAAAGUAAUUGCACGCCCAGAGGAUUGGGCAGAAGACGAGAGUUAUGAUUACAUGAUGCCCUUGACCAUGCAUCUCAUGGAGUUGGAAGGUAAGCUAUGCGUUGUAGUUAAUGUCUUUAGUAGAAAAGUAUUGGAGAUAUGGGUGCUAAGGACUACAAUAACUCCAUUUGGAGUAAGGAUUAUCAAAUUGAUCAUCUUGAGACUAUUGAUCGAUCUUUAUCGUCGUUAUUUUCCUGUAGUUGCCAUAUGGAGGGGACAGCUUCUUCUUGAAGUUCAGGCCUGA